CAGAGUAUCUCUGCCAUUUGCAGCACAAUAUUUGCGAGUAAGCAGCAAGCCGCGCAGUAUUUUCCGAGCACUAGCAACCAUGGCUACCGAUCCAACCAGCUACAAGCUUAACCACUCGAUGUGAGCACCUUCAUGGCUGUCAUCUGCACCGGCCAUUGGCUGCUGAAACGUGCACUUACCCACUCUACAGGCUUCGCAUCAAGGAUCCCAAGCGUAGCGUGGAAUUCUAUGAGUUCCUGGGCAUGAAGCUUAUUAACAAGCUACCGAACCCUGACAACAAAUUCGACCUCUACUUCCUCGCAUACGACAGCCCCAAGGCUGUAUCCCACGGCAAUCACUGGACCGACCGUGAGGGGAUCAUCGAGCUCACACACAACUACGGCACUGAGGACGACCCGAACUACAAGAUCACCAAUGGCAACACAGAUCCCUUUAAGGGCUUCGGCCACCUGUGCAUAUCAGUCGACAACCUCCAGGCUGCCUGCCAGCGCCUGGAAGAUGCCGGCUACAAGUUCCAGAAGAAGCUAACAGAUGGGCGCAUGAAGCACAUUGCUUUCGUGCUGGACCCUGACGGCUACUGGGUCGAGGUCAUCGGACAGAAGCCUUUGGAGCAGACUGAGAAUGUCAAGGAGACUAACACUGAUACAUACCGCAUGAACCAUACUAUGUUGCGAGUCAAAGACAAAGAUGUCUCACUCAAUUUCUACAAGGACGUCAUGGGCAUGAAGCUCAAGCGUACCUCUGAGAACCCCAACGCAGGCUUCAACCUGUACUUCCUUGGAUACGGCGCGGAUGCUCCCGAGCAAAUCGCAAACGGCGUAAAUCCCGUAGCAGACAGCGAGGGCCUGCUUGAGCUUACAUGGAACUAUGGUACCGAGAGGGACGCCAACUUCAAAUACCACAACGGCAACGACGAGCCGCAGGGCUUCGGACACAUCUGCAUCUCGGUCGAUGACCUCGAUGCUGCUUGCGCUCGCUUCGAGGACAAGGGCGUUAACUGGAAGAAGAGGCUCACAGAUGGCAGGAUGAAGAACAUUGCUUUCGUGCUGGGUAUGUCACACAUCAUCUGUAUCCAUGGAACAAAGCUAAUGUCGUGAACAGACCCUGACAACUACUGGAUCGAGGUUGUGCAGAACGAGAAGCUCAAGACACGAAGCAAUUGGUAAAUGGCAUUGUCA